UAGUCCCCCCAAACCUCUAAGAAUGAGCACACCAUGUUGUACUUGGAGCUCCAGACAUCGGCUACUGGUAUACUCAUCACUUCAUCGAUGUUAAAACAUACAUUCAUGCUAUUUCAUCUCUGAGCAGCAAUACAUUCCACAAAAUGGCCUCAUACACCCCCCUUGAACUUCCGUACUUCGCACCGGCUCCUGCUCCACUGCCAACAUACCACGAGAUAGUCGCCCACGCAUCUUCCAAAACGCCAUCUCAACGACGACGAGCACGUGACGUCCUCCAAAUCGGUGAGCAGUUCAUAGUAAAAUAUGGUAAGCACAUUGAUUUCAUGGAAGGCGAAAACAUGCUGAUCGUCCGGCACUACACCAGCAUACCCGUUCCGAUACUAUACGCCAUGUACCAGCACGAACCUAGCGGCGACAAAGUCAUCAUCAUGGAGUACGUCGCAGGAGAGGUUCUGAGUAACUGCUAUGGAAAGCUCGACUCUGAGCAAAGGGCAUUCAUCGCAGCCCAGCUGAGACAACACUUGAGCGAACUCCGCACCAAAAUCCCCUCUCCGGGCUUCUACGGACUACCAGGUGGUCGUCCAUACUUAGCGCACACAUGGACCUUUAAGCGGCCAGCGGGACCGUUCGCCUCAGCCGACGAGUUUCUCUCAGCGUACUUUGCCGCUCAAUUCUCGGGCGCAAAUCUGCCAACUCGGCGCGCCAUCGAAGGUCUGAAAUCCGAAUUUCUCGUGUUGAGCGCCGAACACAGCGCGUCUGUCUUCACUCACGGCGACCUCCAGGCGCAGAACAUCAUACUGCGCAGCGACGGUUUGAUAAGUAUAAUCGACUGGGAGAGCGCCAGUUUCUGCCCCGAGUAUUUCGAGUUCUUCAUCUACGGUACGCUCGACAUGGUGGCCGCGGGACUUGAAAAAGAAAAAGGCGACGUGACUCGGUAUACUGAGAUGGUGAGACUCGCCUUUAAGGCGUGGGACACGUAUUGUAGGGCCAAGCAAUGAAUGUGUGAAAUGAGAUGAAUAUACCCAUUGGAAAGACACCCGCGGUGAAGAUGUUCAAUAGUGAAAUAAUCAAGCUAUUCAAAUUAGGAUUCCUUUUGAUUUCUUGUUACUUAAUAUCUGAGUAACAUUCAUCUUCCAUUUUUUUAUCUGCAUAAUCAAACCCUAAGCUUGCUUUUCGAUAUUGACAUUUUGACUUUCGUUUGAUAUGAUGUUCAAAUUCGCUAAAGAUAGCAAUAUCUGAACCAUCAACAGUAGACUAUAGCCGGAUUAAAGAGUACGAGUCUCGAGCUGUUGGAAAGGCACGAUCUGGACAAUACGUAACACCAAUGCGUAUCUCCACGUCGAUUCGUUAAGGAGUGACACGGCUCACUUCAGUAAUUUGAGAUGAACGAGAUAUUGACGAUCAGCGCUUUCGUAAUUCUGAAC